CUGAUCGGUAAAAUCGCCAAGCCCUGUCCAAAGUGUAAGGCGCCCAUCGAGAAGAGUUACGGGUGUAACAAGGUGGUGUGUUCGGUGUGCAGCACGACAAUGUGUUACGUGUGCGGACGCGCGAUCCUCGGCUACGAACACUUUGGCGCACACUGCAGCCUGUUCGACGCUUGCUGGGACGAGGUCGCCAUGGUUCCCCAGCAACCACAGGAAGCCAUCAUGAUUCAAAUACAGCUGAACGAGUACCCUGAUGCGUGGCGCCGCCUGGUGACGUGCAUGCGGUGCAAGCAGCGGUGCUUGAGAGCAGACGACAGGAACAAUCAUCUUCGCUGCUGGAGCUGCAAGGUCAACCAAUGCCUCGACUGCAAGACGGUCAUCAUAGGUCCCGUUGGAGCGCAUUUCAGACCACCGAGUACGUGCAAGCAGCAUAGCUGACGUUCGUCUACUAAGCAAGCACCGUCUAUUGCUCCGUGCUAGGUCAGCACAAGAGAUGCUGCAAUGUUGGCGGUGUUUUGUCAGGCAGUCGGGCGCUGGACGUACCCCGCCCACUGUACCUCAUCGAAGAACCCGGCGUUCGAUUCCCUCUGGCUCAUUCUGGUCCUGUCAUGGAUGAUGGACUAGAUACUCCUGCAUGUUUAAUACUACGGUGGUCCACUUCCACGUGUCUUAUGGACGCUGCUGGUGAACUACUGUCUCAUGUGUCAUUGAUAAUGGUUGUACCUCGCUGCCUUGCUAUCUAUCGCAUCUCUAAUUGUGUGUAUAAACACAUGAUAUAGUGGGGAAACUGGUGCGAGCAAGCGAGUAUUUCUAGAAGGGAUUGCAAGAAGGGAUUGCAAGAAUUUCUAGUUUAGUUUAAUAUUCGUGAACGAACGUGUUUUCCAUCGCUACAGAAAGGUAUUGCUUCGUUCGUGACUUCACUUAUUCGCAGCAUUUUUAUAUGAGUUUUACACUAGCCUUAUCUUUUUCAACUGCAGGGCAUGGAAUAUCUUGAAUCGGCUCAACCACGGGUUCCUUUAUUCCGGUAUUGCUGUGGUAGUAUUUUCGUGAUUAUAGACAUCGAAUAUAUAGAAACGGAACUGUAUAGAAAUAGAAAUAGAACUGUUUAUAUAUAGAAACAGCCUUACCUGUUCAAUUUGUUGCUGCUACUCUAAUGUGUCUUAAGUGACAGCAUGUUGUUACUGGUGCCUGUUGAUUAUGAACCAUGUUGUUUUGGUGCGACCGACGAUUUGUUACGUGAACGUAUAUAACGUGAUGUUAAAAACAAUAAUAUAUAAAUUUAAUAUUGGAUUUGCAACGCUUUGUAACUGCAUGCAGUACGCGUGGUGUGUGUAAAGGAUAUAUUUGCUAUAUAUAUCUGUAUUAAUAUGUACAAGCCGCGGGCAAAGCAAAGUGGCGUGUAUGCAAUUAUAUUACGAAAUAUUUAUUACGUUGUCUUUUA